CGAAGGCGGCUAGAAGUGGCGCUCGGGACUCGGGCUAUCUCGACGACAACAACGGCGCACGCCGGCGCUCUUUGUGCCCGGUGUCAGGCCGAGUUGCUUGGCGCACCGAUCGGCUUCCGCGUCUACAGGUGUCGGAAGCCGCGCAGAGGCAUGUCGCGCAAAGAAAUCUGAGCUCUCUCCGGUCUCUCGGACAGCGCCCCUUAGUAAUCCGCUGCUGCGCGACUCUUGAUUAUCGGAGAGAGCGGGUGGACCCGGUGGCUAGAGCGACAUGGGAUGCCGCCGCACAUCGGACAGAAGCUGGCUUCUGGCUUUGGUGUGCGGCGUUCUCUUCACCUCCCAUAGCGGCGGCCAAGGUGCGUUUGCGUGGACGGUGCGCAACCCGCAGCUGCUGACCACAGACGUGGUGCGCUUCCCGGAGGAAUCGGGACGGGCCGGCGCCAAGCGCGAAGCCACGGUCUCCACAAGCGUCGUGGUGUCGCCGGCGGCUGGCGCCGGCGACAGGGCGUUCAUGUCUGGCGGUGGGCUGACCUCACUGGCUCGGACGCCGUUUUCGCCAGCCAUCGUGCCCACGGACGGCCUGACCGGAGCCACGUACCGCGCCAACUACGACUUCGGCUUAUCGGGUCUGCGCGCGAGGCCCUGGCACGCUGGCGGGUCUUUGGGGCCGUUCAGACCGAGCCGCUACCCGUCCCGCUACCCCGACUUCCCGUCCACCUACAUCGCCGACAAAAUCGAGUCGUACCUGCGCAGGCCGGCCUGCCACGGACCCCGUUGCCACCCUCGACGCAAGGGCUUCCCAGCGUACUUGAACAGGAGGCCGCCGCCGUACUCCAGGAGAGGCUACUACUACCCGCCACCCGCCAGACGAUACCCGUUCCCUCCGCCACAUUAUUUCGCCUACGAGGACCACGUUGGUUCGGGCAGCAGCCCCCCCAAGACGACGCUGAGCCCGUACCACAACUACGGGAAGCGCAACCAGAAGCGCUACUACGCGUACUACUAUCCGACGGGGUCGAAGUACGCGUACGUUCCAUUGCCGCCCUACAAUGACUAGUUCCCGAGCUUGGGACUUUCAAAGCAGUGAAAGUUUAGCGCUCUUUCUUUUCUUUUCUUUUCUUUUUGUUCUGCUCAGGGAAAUGGUGCUAUCAAAUUCGCACGUUCUGAUCGUUGAUAAUUAGCGACGACUUUAGGGGUUGUAACUGUCGUUAGAUAGCUGAAUGUCCGAACGAGCUUCAGCCCGCAUCGCAGUAGAUCAGGAGAAUAUAUAUUUAAAUAAUGGCUCCAGACCUAUUAGGUAAAGCGGGGGACGGGAAUAAGGCUAAUUAUGGCGCGCUACGGAAGUCUCGAGCGGAAGCUCCGUAAUGCGUUAAGUGCAUACUUAACGGUAUCCGGUGGCAUGGCCGAUCCCGCGUUCGAAGGACUUGAUUCACUGACGGCAGGUUUUGUUCCUACAGUUAGUAUUACUAGGCUACGGUGUCUGUGCUUAUAACAAGGCACAGGGCAUCUCUACUAGUAGGAAAACGUGAAACGGGUAGUUCGUGAUAUCCUUAAAACAACGAAGAAUUUCGCAUUCAGUAAGCCUAGAGAGAGUAGUAUACGAAAAAGUGAAUGUCAGAUAUAUUACCCGAUGCUGGUUUUCAUCGGGAUUUAUGACUUACUAUGUCUGGAUUCGGUCCUACUCAACGGACUUUGUGCGUGUGAACUGGAGUAAUGUCAACUACACCAUAUGGAUAAUGAGAGUAAUCCAUUGUAAGAUUAUUAACUCGAGCUCACCAUACCAUUGUAUGCUGUAAACCUUUGUUCGAGAUUAAAACGCUAAAUAGUGGCAUUAUUGCUUAUAUAACAAAAUUAGCGUAGAGAUCAUUACAUUUUUUUACACAAAAGUGACCAAAGAACAUCACAGAGGAAUAUUAUAGUUAAGAUGCAAAUAAAGAGAAUUUGGA